AUGUCUUUGGCGCUAUCAUUAACCGUUUCUACCUUCGUCCUUACCGCUUUGGCGGCCACCUAUCCUAAGGAGGUAUUAUGGAGCAACAAAACCUUUGGUCCGGAUGGCCCUUGGCGCGCAGUCAAAACUAACAUAGGCGGAAAAGACAUAAGUCUCUUCCCGGGAACCAAUUGGGAGACAUGGCUGAUAGAAGAUGACUACUGCGGUGAUGGGACCUGUUAUGCCUCCGAGGCUGGCACACACAACAGAAACCACUCUGGAAGUGGUGCUAAUCUCAAGCUUGACUCCGAUUACGACUACUUCCAGCUUGGUGUGAACUUGGGAGGUGGCAAUUCGAUACGUUAUGUGGAUGACAUCGAUAUUAAUGGACUGACCGUGACCAAUGCGAGUCUCGCCCUCAUCAAAUCUCCCGCCUCUAAAAUCAAGUAUCCUGGGACGACGGCACCGUUCUUUGCUGGUUGCUUGAGUGUGGGAAGCAAGGGCGGCACGAACGCGGAUCUCCAGCCAGCAGUCGACGGCAACCCCAAAAUCAAGGCCAACAUGCCUCCCGGGUUUUUAUGGGAUCAGGGCUACACACCGUCCAACUCUUUCGGCUUGCACAUCGGCUCGGUGGAGCCUGAUCUCGCAGGCUCCCUCUGGUUCGGCGGGUAUGACAGGAACCGCGUUGUGGGUGAUCCCAUCAUCAAUGAAGGGGAUUUCAAGGACCCUGCUACCACUCUGCAGGAUAUUGGAAUUGACGUCAUCAAUGGAAAGUCACCAUUCGAUUUCAAUUCUACCAAGUCCGGUCUCCUUAUGGAGGGGAACUCGUCAAUGCCGAUCACGUUCAAGGUUAUGAUUGACGGCUGCUCCCCCUAUCUGACCUUGCCCAAGUCGACUUGUGACAACAUUGCCAGCCACCUCCCUGUCACCUUUGAUAAGAUGCUUGGUCUCUACCUCUGGAAUACAAGCUCGGAAAAAUACAAGGAAAUCAUCCCUUCAGCCACGGCUUUGAGCUUUUCAUUCACGUCCAGCGGCAACUCCAACCCGAUCAAGAUCCGUGUGCCGUUCAUGCACCUCAACUUGACUCUUACGGCACCUCUAGUCGACACUCCCACGCAAUACUUCCCGUGCCAUGUAAACGAGAAGGGGAAAUAUGUUCUCGGCAGGGCAUUUCUACAGGACGCGUUUCUCGGAGGGAAUUGGGACCUUAACGUGAACAGAUGGUGGAUCGCUCAGGCGCCAGGUCCGAACAUUCCCACUGCUUCAAAUGUCCUGCAAAUCGCAACCACAGACGCGACUAUCAGGAAGAGCGACACCAGCUGGGAGGACUCAUGGAAAGGUGUAUGGAAGGAAGCCAACACAACCAGUGACGGUUCUACAUCUAGCGAUGACAACGGUGGAGGUUUGUCAACCGGAGCAAAGGCUGGGAUCGGUGCCGGUGUGGGAGUUGUCAGCUGCCUGCUCAUACUCGGCGCCGUAUAUUUCUGGAAACGGCGGCAGGAGAGCCAGAACCAAGGCCAGAACGAGGCCCAGAUCAAUGAUCAGAGCAACAGCCACCCACUUUCUCAGUAUUAUGACCCCCCCAAGAUCCAGGAGCUACAAAACCACAGCGUGGCUUCAAGUUGGCAUUCUCCCUCGCCGAGCCAACCAACAAGCGAGUUGACAGGUUCGCGGCCGGUACCACCUGAGUUAACAGGCUCGGAGCCGACAACGAGCGAGCUGCAUACUCCGGAGAGGGUCCAUGAGAUGGCGUAG